AUGGGUCAGUCCCGCGACCAAUAUACCUAUCAGCUCGCUGGUGAGGACCGCGUGCACGAGCUAAUCGUCGAUGGGAUAAGCAAGCAUAUAGGAGGUCUCGGAGAAAUGCUCACUGCACUAGACGACGAAAACGGGUCUCGAGAGUAUAUGUGCAUUGCUAACUCGAUAUCCGGGAGACGGCAGAUUUUACUCCUGGACAGACAGAACCUGGUUGAACCGUUGAACUUGGAAGAGUGA